GACCUUUUUCAUCUCUUCUUUACUUCUUUUCAGUGGCAGGCUGGCAGCAGUGACAUUGUGUACACUGUUUCCUCUCUCUCUCUCUCUCUGUCUCAAUCAGUUGCUCCCACUGUCUGUAUCGUAAUAACAAAAGCAAGAAAGCUUCUUGGACAAGAACAAGAGAAAUGGGUGGUCGUGGUGGUUCUGGAAAUCCUAAUUUUCUCCAAGUUAUAGGCAACAACUUUGAUGUUCUUGCUCUACCAUUAGUCACUCUUGUUUACCCCCUAUAUGCUUCAAUCAAGGCUAUAGAGACUAAAUCUCGCAGUGAUGAUCAACAAUGGCUAACCUAUUGGGUUCUAUAUUCCAUGUUGACCUUGUUCGAGCUAACAUUUUCCAAAAUCCUAGAAUGUCUCCCUAUAUGGCCUUAUGCAAAGCUGAUAAUGACAUGCUGGUUGGUGCUGCCACAGUUCAAUGGAGCAGCAUAUGUUUAUAAGCAUUUCAUUAGACCAUUUUAUAUGAACCCACAAAUUGCUCAUCAAAAGAUAUGGUAUGUCCCCAGAAAGAAGGAUAUAUUUAGUAAACAAGAUGACAUUUUAACUGCAGCAGAAAAGUAUAUGGAAGAGAAUGGAACUGAGGCAUUUGAGAGGCUUAUAACCAAGGCUGAUAGAGAAGAAAGAGCUAGAAGGAAUGGGAAUUACAUGAUCUUUGAUGAUGAUUAUAUAUAUUGAGUCUUGUUUAGUGUAUCAGUAAAAUGGAAAAGGGUGAUCCUAAUGUAUGGUACAAUGGCUUGGAAUUACUUAUAUGUGUAUUCAUUUAUAUUAAUGAAGCUAGUUGUAAUCUAUUUUAAGGACAAAAUGGAAGGUGUUGGAGAUUUUCUCAGCUUUGAACUUA